CAGGAGAUCCAGCCCCCGGUCGCGGAGGGGGAGGCCGAGGAGCCCACCGAGCAGAAGGCCGCGGAGGAGGACGUCGAGCGGCCGGCGGUCGCGGAGGAGAAGGCCGAGAAUGCUACCGAGCAGAAGGCCGCGGACGAGGCAAUCGAGCAGCCGGCGAUCGCGGAGGAGAAGGCCGAGGAGCCCGCCGAGCAGAAGGCUGACGAGCAACCGGCGGUCGCGGAGGAGAAGGGCGAGGAGGCCCCCGAGCAGAAGGCCGCGGAGGAGGACGUCGAGCGGCCGGCGGUCGCGGACGAGAAGGCUGAGAAUGCGACCGAGCAGAAGGCCGCGGACGAGUCCGACAACGUCGAUGAGCUCGAGAAGCAGAUCGCGAUGCUCAAGGCCCAAGUCGAGGUCAAGAAGGCCAAGCGCCUGGCUCCGAAGGCCGCCCAGGAGGAGGCCGCCUCGGCGAAGGCUGCCGGGGAGCAGGCCGAGGAGGCCGCCGAGCCGGAGGCCGGGGAGAAUGCAACGGGGAAGGUCGAGGAGGGUGCCGAGGAGUCCACCGAGCAGACGGCCGCGGAUCAGGCCGAGGAGGCCGCCGAGCAGCAGGCCGAGGAGCAGGCCAUGGAGAAGGCGGCAGAGGAGAGGGCCGAGGAGGCCGCCGAGCCGAAGGCCGAGGAAGCCGCCGAGCCAAAGGCCGACGCCACGGUGGCCGAGCCGGCCGAGGAGGCGACGGCGGGGGCCCCCGAGCAGAAGGCCGCGGACGAGGCAGCCUCGCGGCCUCCCCCC